AUGUGUAAUUUCAAAACUGUAGCCACACAGAGCUCAGGUUUUUCUUUAAAAAAUGGUAAUAUUAAUAUAGGCUGUUUCAUUUUGGGAUUAGAUGUUUUAAUCUUAUCGGUAAUGAGGACCUCAGCUCUAUCAGCAUACCAUACUAUAUUUGAUAUUCUGAUUUGAGAGAUAGUCUGAAUUCUAUGGGCCGUUAAUAAGCUAACUAGCAUAACUAAUUUGUAUGUUAAUUUUUGUAUGUUUAAACCUUCCAAAGGGUACCAUUUCGCUAAGAAUUCUAAGACUAUUAGAGGAUCACACGUCGAUGUAUACUUUGCUCUAGGCGUGUUCAUUUUAUAAACUCCCUUAAGGUAUCUCUUAAUAAUAGGUUGAAUAAGAGCUUCCAGGUCUCAUCUGUCCAUUAAAAAAUUCGAUCAACUUUUUCAAUUCGUAAUCAUAAGGACUGCUCUGAAUUUUUAUACUAUAAUCCCACCACUUCUUAUAGCAGUUUGUGCGAAAAUAUCUAAACCUCUAAGUUCGCACAAGUCCCAAAUCCAUGCUGUAACUUCAUUGAGCUUCUUAUAUUUUGCACCCCCCAUUCGAUUUAUGUAAGAAACAGCAGUACUAUUAUUUACUCUUAACAGUAUAUAACAAUCCUUUUGGUUUUUUGUAAAAAACUUUAACACAUUAAGAACGGCCAAUAAUUCAAGUAUAUUUGUGUGAUAUGCCCUUUCCUUUGUAGACCAAAACCCAUGAACUUUCUCUUUAUUACAAUAACCGCCCCAGCCAGAUUUUGAUGCAUCGCAAAACAUUUCAAAUAAAUAUGGUUCUUGUUUUAUAUUUAAUUGUGAUUGCCAAAUUGUAUUUUGCUACCAAGUAAUUGUGGGUUUAAGGGUUUGUGGAAUUUGCAUUGUUUUGUCGUAACAACCUCUGAUAUUUUCAGGGCAAGGAACUUUGAUCUUUCUAAAUUUUUCGUAUGUUUCCAACCAUAUUUUACUGCCGGACAGGCUGAUACAAGAACUCCCACAAACUUAGCAAAUCCUCUAAUUGUACAAUGGAGUUUUAUGAGACAUUUUUCGUGCCAAUUCAAAAAUCUGUUGUUUUCUUUCCUUUGUUAACGAAAAUAUUAGUUUUUUGGAAUUAUAUAAAAAACCUAAGAAUGUGCAUUCUUUUUUAGGGAU